UGAUCAGUGGUCAAUAUGGAUUUUUCUUAAUUCUUAAAAUAUAGUCACCCUCGAGUCUCUCCCCCACAGUCUCUCUUUUGACUGUUACACACAGAGAGAAACACAAGCAUUAGGUUUAAGUAUGGAGGAAUAACAGGCAAGCAUCUUGAGUAAGACAACAGCACUUUCCUCUCAACAGUCUUCAAACAUGAUUUUGUUUUUAGGCAGCUAACAGGGAUGCCCAAAUGUACUGGUUGCAGCAGCUGCAGUUGAAACGUACGUUAUACAGGGAGCAGCAUGCUGAACAUCUCUCCAUACCCAGACCAGACAACCACAAAUUGGAAAGCACCCCAUCAGCAAACAACUGCCGUGCUGACUUCUUGCCCAUGGUGAAGACGCCUUCUGGCCUGGUAGGUGAAGAAGCUGCCAGUCUGCCUGCACCAGGAUUAAACAGCCCUCUCAAUAUGUCAAUCAAACAUCCACUAAUUGAGCUACAGAACACAAUGCACAGUUUCCGUAACCGGCACUCACAGGAAAUUAGACAAAGUGUUUUCCAUUUUGGCGACCCAACUGACACCCAAAAAACAUCCUCAUCUAAGACAUCCACUUUAUCGGUUCCCACACCCGGUUCUUCUCAAAGCCCAGAAUCCCCUGCUAAUGCCAGGUCUAAGCAUGAUCUCGCCACCAUUUCACCAAUCAGAAAGAAUAGCAAAGAAAAGUCCAAACCGCUGGAGCUCAAGGACACAUCUCGACUUCAACAUGAAAAACUGGCUGAAGAGGUCAAAGCGCAGAAGGAGUUGGUGUCGCUGUUACAUAAGGUGCUGGAAGCUGCUCAGCUGGAGAAACGCACCUGUGCUCAGUUUCUAGCCGCGGAGGGGGAGCAGGAGCGCUUGGAGCUCCUCAGACAUGGUGAGCGGCGUGCGGCCAAACUGCGAGACCAUCUGGAGUCCCGGCAGCAAGAGAACGAGAACCUACGGAGGGAUCUGAACCUGAGGGACGCCCAUAUAGCUGAACUCCAGGAGAGUGUCCAGCUCCUGAUACAAAAGAAUCAAUCCAAACAGGAAGUGAUACUGAAGCUGUCUGAGAAGUUAGCAGUCUGUGGAGAAGACAAGCAGUGCUCCAAUGGGCUGCGGUCAGAGGCCUUAAAACAGCUAACAAUUGAGAAUGAGAAUUUGAAAGAUGAUUUGAAGGCAUAUAAAACUCAGAACCAGUACCUAAACUCUGAAAUCUACCAUCUAACGACGCUUUGGAGAAAAAGUUCAGAACGGGAGCAAAGUCUGAUAGUAAAGUGUGCUGUUCUGGAGGCCAAUAGCAGUCAGAUGGAAAGCAGAUACCUGGGAAUCCUCCAGAAACUCCAGGAGAGUAAGGAAUUGAAUCCGGAGCAGAGGGAAGCAGUCAAGAAGGUGGUUAAGGAUGCAGUUCGGGCAGACCUGAGCACUGCUAUUAAACUAAACUCAGUAAGGGAUUACGAUGAAUAUGGAUUUAAGAUUGCAGUGGACUACAAAAUUGAGGACCUGAAGCUGCUUGCUAAGAUCCAGGCCCUGGAGAUCCGAUCCCAAAACCUGCUGAACCAGGAGGAAUGCGAUGUGCCAUUGUUGGCUCGUUGCGCUCAGCUCCUGUUUGGACGCCCUGAAGGAGAACUGUCUUCAUCCACAGAAUUGAAGAAUCUACUCCGGAUGGGCUUACCGCGCGAGUACCGUGCAAGGGCUUGGCGUUUUAUGAUACAGACUAGGACCAAGUCUCUAAAAGAGCGUCAUCCUGACCACUAUCAGGAGCUGUGCGAGAAGAGCAGAACCUCACCUCACCUGGUGCCCAGACAGAUCCAGCUGGACCUGGAUCGUACGCUGACCUCCAAUCAAUACUUUUCCCCUCCUUCAAGCCCCUUGAUUCAGAAGCUGGAGAGAGUUCUGCAGGCGUUCUCAUGGCAAAACCCCACAAUCGGCUACGUCCAGGGACUCAACAGACUGGCAGCCAUAGCUCUGCUGGUACUACAGGAUGAGGAAGAUGCCUUCUGGUGCUUGGUAGUGAUUGUGGACUAUAUCAUGCCUCACAAUUACUACACUAAAGACCUGGUGGGCUGUCAGGCCGACCAGUGUGUACUAAAGGACCUCAUGUCUGAGAAGCUGCCUCGACUCACGGCCCAUCUUGAAGCGCUAAAAGUAGACGUGUCCCUCAUCACUGUUGAAUGGUUUCUGGUGUUGUUCGUUGAGAGUCUGCCUACACGCAUACUGUUUAAAGUAUGGGACGCCUUCCUGUAUGAAGGCAUAAAGGUGAUAUUCCGAUAUGCAUUGGCACUUUUCAAAUACAGAGAGGAAGGCAUCUUAAAGAUCAAUGACAGUGUUGAGAUGUACCAGUAUCUCCGCAUCUUCCCCAACACCAUCGUAGAUGGAAGGAAGCUGACAAGCAUUGCCUUCAACGACAUGAACCCACUGCCCAUGAAGCUGCUACAGAACCGGCGCGCCACACAUCUGGAACGCCUCCAUGCUGAGAUUAAAGAGCUGGAGAACUUACGGACAGCAUACAAAGCUGAACACGUCCAGUGCAAAGACAAAGAGCUGGACACCCUGGCUAGUGAAGAUGAAGAGGAGCUUGGCGGUUUCAAAUAUCUUUCCUCCAAAUGGCAACAUGGCGAUUUUAAGGCAACGGAUAUAUAAGUACAGUUUAUAGCUGCC